AUGAAUAAUAUUUUUGCUUUUGUUCCGGUGUUAAGAUGUUAUCAUACUGCGACCCUUAUCAAUAACAAACUUUAUUUUAGUGGUGGAUAUCAUAACAGCUCUUUCAGUUCUGUAUCUAAUGAUUUUUUCUACUUAGAUGUUUAUGAAUUAUCUGUAAUAACCAACAAUACCUCAAUGCCGUGGACUGAUCUAACUUAUACCGGUGGCCCUAAAAAAGGAAAAGGUACAACUGGUAUCAAUAAUGAUGAGAUUUUUAUUAUUGGUGGUCAUCAUUAUAGUCAAGCUCUUGUUAAUCGAUUUAAUACAAAUGAGAAACGCGGCAACGAAGUUACUACAAAUGACCUUUGGAUAUUCAAUUCUUUGACAUUAUCCCGGAAUUUGAGUAAUGCAACAAAUGCACCGGAAGCCCGAAAUAAUUACUUUGCAGUAUGUUUGCCAGAUGAAAAUAUCGUAUAUAUUGGUGGACGUGACAAUAAUUUAAAGUAUUUGCCAAUGAAUAUUUUGGAAUGUGAUGGUAUGCGUGGAAUGUUAAUCAAUAAAUUUUGGAUUUUAAGCUUUAUCCGUGACAAUAAAUGCUCACUAAUAUUAGCUAUUUCUGAUAUAUAUUCUUAUUUAGCUACUUCAGAUCAAAUCCCCUCUGCUCCACCUGACGGACUUAUUAUAAUAUUUGGUGGCAUUAAUAAUUCAUCUUCUAAGAUGUAUUACGGUGAUUUGUGGAUAUUGGAUGCAUCGACAUAUAAAUGGUCAAUUGGGAAUAUUUUAAACCCAGAGAUGGGUCCAUCUAGUCUUUAUGGUCAUACCGCGACUAUUGUGGGAAACUAUAUGGUUCUUGCGUUUGGCAGAGUUUUAUAG